UUUUAUUUGUUUAACCAUCACUAAAAUUGCAUGAUUGAAUCAAAAUAAUCAACAAGCAUAUUAUCAAUUAAAAUUAACAUAUUUGUCUUGCUGUUCGCACACUGAAGUUAGAACGAUGUCGACACGUCGCCAGGCCAUAACAUUAUAUAGAAAUUUGCUGCGCGAAUCAGAGAAGUUGCCAGCGUACAAUUUCAGAAUGUAUGCGGCGCGCAAGAUACGUGAUACAUUUCGGGCAAAUCGAGUGAUUAAUGAUUUCAAGGAAAUUGAUCGUCUUGUUGCCAGCGGCAAGGAAAGUCUCGAAUUGAUUCGUCGACAGGUGAUUAUCGGCCAUCUCUAUACCACGGAUAAGCUGGUUAUCGAGCAGAAGAAAACAUUGCGGCCAUCGGAUGACUGAGAAUUUGUUUUGUUUGAUUGAGAUUUUAUGUUGCAACAAGCACACACACAGCACAUGCAUACACAUACUCACAUACCACGGCACAUGGCAAUUUGCCGGCGCAUUAGGCGGCCUUAAAAAAAAACUCGAAAGACUAGUUAUUAAAUUCAACAACACACACACACAACAUGUUGUUGUUUUGCCCUAUUUGCUGUUUUAAUUAUUUAUGUUAGCCAUCUUUGCCGCCGACAACAAAAUACCAAAUCAAUUGUAGCAUAAACAAAUAAACACAUACCAGUUAAAUAAUUAUAUAUACUAUGA